CAGAAUGUACAUCUUUUGAUGAACUGCAACAGGCAACAGAACCACUUACAGAUUAUCUGGCAAAUGCUGGGUGUCUAAGGUCCUUGAAACGCCUAGAGGACAAAGACCUCUUUGUGGAGGAUAUUAUCAUGUUUCAGGUGGUCCAUCGCGUCAGUGGAGCAUUUGAAAGAUUCAAGGAGGGGAUGAAGACCCUUGGUGUUCUUGACUUAAUAAGAAUGCACCCAGAUGCUUUCAGGCCGCUGAUAUGUCACGAGCCCUCCCCUCUCACAGCUGAUGUACUAGAACAUCUCUUUGAAAUUCGAAUGUCAGCAGUGGGCAGCAACAAAAGAAGAGCAGAGGAAUGCGUGGUGCCAUUUUGGAGGGACUACCUGCUGGAUGUUGAGGAGCAAGAGGGACCCUUGACACUUGGAAGUAUCCUAUCCUUUGCAACGGGAGCAAAUGUUAUUCCACCCCUGGGCUUCUACCCGCGACCUUCAGUGGAUUUUCUCCAUGAGCUGCCCCUCAGACAAGGCCGUCAUUUACCCACUGCAAACACAUGCAUUAACUGUCUCAAGUUGCCACUACUAAACAAAUAUGAGGAUUUCAAGGAAAGUAUGGAUUUCGCAUUAGGUAACACACAGGGUUUUGGUCAGGAAUGACUUAUGCACUUCUCGGUAACACUUUA